CUCCGAUGUGUCAGUAAGAUGAGGAUUACGUUUGGGACACCUCAUGGCAUGUCGAUGGUGAAACGGCCAAACUGGAUUCUUGGUGACAGGCCCUUCAUCGGGGGCCAAUGUCCGCCAGUAAGUGAGAAGGUCCACGCAGUGUGGUCCCCAUAUAUGUCCCGGUAUUAUUUUCCUAUAAUCCAUUAUGCCUUUUGGGUCGGGUUCACAUGCCAGAAGGAACAAUGGCCUUGACUGGGGAUCAGCCAGCUCGGGGACUUCUUUCUAAAAUUAACGCCAAUUUAAAUUACACUCC